AUAAACGGCCUCCCCGCACCCUGCUUGUGCUCGCGCUCCCUGGGAGUGCGCAGCACCGCGGACACAGUGAAACACCGAUCGUCGGACGGGACCCGAUCAUGUGAUCACUGAUUGGCCAAUCAGUGAUCACUACGUGUGAAAUCUGUGAAUGAUCACAGAGGUCACAUGGUACAAGGCUAUUCACAACAGCCUUAUACCAUGUGACAAGCUGUGACCAAUCACAGCUCACUCAGUAC